AUGGAACCUACCAAAGGGCGGUUGGUGAGCAAGGGACUGCUGACGGGCCAGGUACCUGGCCUAAAAAACCUAGUAGAAAAUAAUGCCACGCUCAAUAAAGACAAGUGUGAGGUCAAGGGUAAAAUGGCAAAUCGGCCAGGACUUUUGUCGAGGAGAACGACGCUGGAGGAGCAGAUCGAAACGGCAGAAAUAUUUUGCGAUAAUUUUAGUGAUCAAAGGGAUGGAAUCCAACUCGAGCUACGGAUCAGCCGCUUAUUAGAAACGGCAAAGGAGUAUGAUCGCGUGCAGCAGAAGCUCAUCGACUUGGCAGAGGAUGAAGUUAGCGAGUUAGCAGAAAGGAAGAAAAAUCGCGAGUUUCAAGAACGGAUUUUUGUAGUGCAAGCGACGCUCGGUGUGCUGCAAAAGAAACACGCUGCUGAACAACGAAAUGGCACAGCACUAACUAAUAUACGGCUGCCUACUAUUCAGCUGCCGGAGUUCCACGGAGAAGAAAUGGAGUGGUUAGCGUUUCGUGACACCUAUGUGGCGUUAAUUCACGAAAACAAGGAGCUCCCCGACAUACAAAAAUUUCACUAUUUGCGUGCGUCUCUAAAGGGUGAAGCCGCUAAGCUGAUAGAGUCGAUACCACUGGCUGCAACAAAUUAUGAUAUGGCGUGGUUAGCCAUCAAGGAACGAUAUUCGAACGAAUAUCUGUUGAAAAAACGCCAUCUGCAGGCUAUGUUCGAAAUGAAGCAAGUACGCAUAGAAGGAACGGCGUCUCUUCAUAAGCUUGUAGAUGAAUUCGAUCGCCAUCGCAAAAUUGUGCAUCAGCUUGGUGAAGCCACUAACGAAUGGAGCACCAUUUUGGAGUAUUUGCUGUGCACCAAGCUACCCGAUGACACUUUGAAGCUAUGGGAAGAUUAUGCUUCGAAGGUAGAGGACCACAAAUACGGCAAUUUGAUUGAGUUCCUACAGCGACGUAUGCGUAUUUUAGAAUCAAUUUCUAUGAACCACUCAGCCGAAGAAAAGCCCAAAGCAAAAGCAGGAACAGCGCAUCUGGCUUCAUAUCCAUCGGUCAUGGAGGCCGCUAAAAGAUGUCCACGGUGUUCAAAAAAUCAUCCGCUUAACGAGAGUGCAGUGUUCAUAAAUCUUUCGCCAAUUGACCGACGUCAAUUUGUCAGCGAAAAGAAGUUAUGUUACAACUGUUUGCGGAUGGGGCAUGUCCAAAGUGGUUGCAUGAGCAAGCAUACGUGCAGACGUUGCAAAAGAAGACAUCAUACGCUGCUGCAUAUAGAGGCGACAAGUAGUCCGCCUGGCCCAUCGAGCAGCAUAGCAGUGAGUAGCGCGGUCGCAGAAGCAGGAAAGCGGCAUCAGGUGUUCUUGCUUACCGCAAUAGUGAAAGUAAUCGACAAUUUUGGCAUGGAGCAUUCUGCAAGAGCGCUAAUUGACAGUGGUUCACAGCCCAAUCUCAUUAGCCAACGGCUGGCAAACAUAUUGCGUAUCAAAGGCUCCAAAACAAACGUAAGCAUUCAAGGCGUGAGCAAGGCUUCUGAAACGAUAAAAGAAUGUUUGAAUGUUAAAGUCUGCUCGAAUCGAAGUGAUUUCCAACGCAGCAUGAACUUCCUUGUAAUAGCCAAGUUUCCAGCGGAGCUGCCCACUCAGUUUGUGUCGACGGAAGGUUGGAAAAUUCCGCAGCAUAUACUACUGGCCGAUCCUGAAUUCAACAAGCCGCAACCAAUUGACUUAGUAAUCGGCAUCGAGCACUAUUUCUCAUUCUUCCCGGGAGCAGCACGUAUUCGUUUGGGACCCGAUCUUCCUCAUCUGGUAGAGAGCGUAUUUGGAUGGAUGGUUGCCGGUAAAGGUCCGGUGGAAGCAUCAAGCGUGGAAACUACGUCCACCAUCACCGUAUGUGCAUCAGUCCUUUCACUGGAGGAGAGCAUCGAGCGUUUUUGGAAAGCAGAGCAGCUGCAGAUGAAGGAUGGCUAUUCUCCGGAGGAAAGGCGUUGCGAGCAGUUGUAUGCAGCAACAACGGAUAGGGAUGAAGCCGGUCGCUAUAUAGUUCGUCUACCGCGUCAUCCUGACUUCGAAUCAAGGCUUGGCAGUUCUCGGGAAAGCGCUCUACGACGCUUCGAACUGCUGGAGAGAAGGUUGGAGAAAAACUGUGCGCUGAAGGCUGAUUAUCACAAAUUCAUGCAAGAAUAUCUUCAGCUCGGGCACAUGAGGCUGGUUAGUGAUAGUGAAAAGGAACCAGCAUCGGCAUAUUACUUGCCACAUCAUCCCGUGUUCAAGGAGUCCAGUACAACCACAAAGUUGCGCGUUGUCUUUGACGGUUCAUCAAAAACAUCAUCGGGAUACUCCUUGAAUGAAUCAUUGUGCAAAGGACCUGUGGUGCAGGAUGAUCUGUUGGAUUUGCUGCUAAGAUUCCGUACGUACGAAGUGGCAUUGGUUGGAGACAUUGAGAAGAUGUAUCGGCAGGUGAAGCUACAUCCUGAAGAUAGCCCACUCGUACGGAUCUUCUUUCGAUUCUCGCCACAGGAUCCUGUUCAGGUGUAUGAGUUAUGUACGGUCACUUAUGGUCUUGCACCAUCUUCGUUUCUCGCAACUCGCACGUUACAACAACUUGCAGAUGAUGAAGGCAGUGCAUAUCCGUUAGCAGAUCAUGCAUUGCGAAGAAACUUCUACGUCGACGAUUUUAUUGGAGGUGCACAAUCCAUCGAGGAGGCAGCAAAGCUACGCUCAGAGCUAAGUGAUCUUUUGUCCAAGGGUGGAUUUGAUUUGCGCAAGUGGACGUCGAAUCGGCUGGAAGUAUUGAGCGGGCUCGCGGAGGAUCAACUCGGAACUAAAUCGGCUCUGCAGUUCGAUUCGCAUGAAACUGUGAAGGCACUUGGAGUGUCAUGGAAGCCGGAGAGUGACACGUUGCAUUUUGAUUGCCCUAUCCAAGCACCUAGCGAUGAGGAGGUGUCUACAAAGCGAAUGGCGAUGUCUAAUAUCGCAAGAUUAUUCGAUCCGCUGGGCAUGCUCGCUCCGGUGAUAGUUUGUGCAAAAAUUAUCAUGCAAGAGAUGUGGAUGUCAGCAUGCGGAUGGGACGUUCCACUACCGGAAGGUAUACUCAAAAAAUGGAUGAGUUUUUGGGCCGAGCUACCGGCUCUUGAGCAUUAUGCAGUACCUCGUUGCACUUUCCUUCCGUUGGCAACGAAUAUCGAAGUUCACACCUUUGCCGAUGCUUCAAUUGCUGCUUUCGGAGCCUGUUCUUACAUCCGAUGUGAAGAUGCCACCGGGAAGGUGCAAAUUGCUUUAAUAUCGGCCAAAAGCAAAGUGGCACCAGUUAAACGGGUAUCCGUGGCUCGCCUGGAACUCAAUGCUUGCGUUCUUGCAUCCCAUCUGCACCACCGUGUAAAGAAAGCCAUCGACAUCCAGGUUGAUGCAUCAUUUUUCUGGUCGGACUCAUCCAUUUGUUUGCACUGGAUCAGGGCGACUCCAAGUGCAUGGAAAACUUAUGUCGCAAAUCGGGUGUCCGAAAUUCAACAUUUCACUGAUGGGCAUGUCUGGAACCAUAUUGCUGGUGUGGAGAAUCCGGCGGAUAUCGUAUCGCGAGGAUUAUCGGUCAAGGAGUUUUUGGACAGUAGAGUAUGGAGGGAGGGACCGGCAUGGCUCUCGCUUCCUCGCAGCAGUUGGCCGAUAUCGAAACCCGCUGAAAUAAUUGAAAAUGAUAUACUGGAGAGCAACACAACCGUUCUUACGAUACUUGAACCUGCCAACUGUAACGAAAUAUUUUUGCGCUGGUCCGAGUACAGGAGGUUGAUCAGUAGAGUGGCGUAUUGUCUGCGAUUUAUACGGAAAACUCGCAACCGUUUGAGGGGAAACAUCACCGUGGUUGAUAGCAGUGACAUACUGCCUGAAGUGCUUACGGCUGAGGAGCUGGCUGAGGCUGAUGAUUGUUUGAUUCGGGUGGCGCAGCAGGAUGGAUUCGCAGCGGAGAUCAACGAGCUAAAAAAGGGGAAGCAACUGAAAAAGCAAUCUGCGUUGAGGAGACUCACCCCGUUUCUCGACGAGAAGGGAAUUUUGCGCGUGGGUGGCCGACUGAAUUUUGCUAAUCUUCCGUUCCAAUCAAAGCAUCCAGCGCUGCUUCCCAAGGAUCAUCCGUUCCCCAGACUGCUGGCUGAGCAUCAGCAUCAAAUUCUGCUUCAUGGUGGGGGACGAUUGUUGCUAUCCAGCAUCAGAGAACGGUACUGGCCGUUGCAAGGACGGAUGCUCGUAAAGUCCGUCGUUAGGCGCUGCUUUCGCUGUGCGCGUUCGCAGCCGGUUCCCGCUCAACAGCAGAUGGGUCAAUUGCCAGCCUGCAGAGUUACGCCUGGUCGUCCAUUUGCGGUAACGGGUAUUGACUACGCCGGACCAAUCUAUUUGAAACCUGCGCACCGGCGAGCGGCCGCUCUUAAGGCAUACAUAUGCGUUUUCGUCUGUUUUGCAACCAAGGCAGUGCACCUUGAGCUGGUUGGUGAUCUAACGACGCAAGGAUUCAUCGCCGCUUUGCGCCGGUUUACGUGCAGAAGAGGAGUUCCGGAACACUUACACUCUGAUAACGGAAAGAAUUUUGAGGGUGCUAAGAACGAGCUGCUGGAGCUAUUCGAGCGUUUUGAAAGUGAGCAGGAGCAAAGCCACAUCUCGACAGCUUGUGCUGAGCAAGGAAUCACUUGGCAUAUGAUUCCACCACGAGCACCGCACUUUGGAGGGGCAAAGCUCACGUCCAUUCCUGAUCCAACCGAUCAGCAACUGAAGUGCACUCCGUUGGGGCAUCUGCAGAAACUCCAGUUGAUCGUGCAGAAGUUUUGGACCCACUGGAGGAAGGAGUACCUGCAAGAGAUGCUACGUGAGGCAAGAUCGAUAGACAAGAACGAUGAAUGCAUACCCGGUCGGAUGGUCAUCCUUGUGGACGAGCUACUACCCACAACACGCUGGCCGCUUGCGCGCAUUAUCGACGUUUGUCCGGGCAAGGAUGGGCUCGUACGUGUAGUUACGUUAAGAACCGCAAAAGGAGUGAUCAAGCGGCCGAUCACGAAAAUAUGCAUCCUGCCGAACGCAGAUUAG